AUGCUCGUGCCUGUAGAGCAAUGGGAAGCCUGGCUGCGAGGGCAAGCAAGGGUUGAGCUGCGAUUCCUGUCUGCGGUGCCAGCACAGCUUGUGGAGCAACCCCAGACACCAAUGCCAGUCAAGAUCAGCGAUGACCUGAUCCAAGAGCCACAAAUUGACAUUGAAUUUCUUUAUGGCUGCUAUAGCUUCGCAUAUGGCAACCAUCAAUGUUUCGCUCCCGUGGACUUUGACUCGUUGGAGACUCUUAAAGGGUUGCAUGACAUCAAUGGGCUUAACAUGCCGCUCUACCAGUUUCUUUCUUCGCGGGACCUUGUGAUAGAACCUGCCAUAAUCGUAGUUGGAUCUCCAGCCAAUCAUGAUCCAAACAAUGAUCGCUUUCAAGGUGAGUCGCAAUCAAAAAAUGUCUUGUUCAAGGACGUUUGCACCAGCUUGGGUUGGCACACCCCUGCAGACUGUCUCGUGCGCAUGACUUUCUCCAAGAGCGCACGUCAGGAUAUGCAGUGGUGGACCACAGAGAAUGACACCCGCAAGUUUCUGGUGACAGCGGCUUGGUUUCAGACAUACCAGCCUGGUCUGGGAUUGGCAGAUACGGCUUCACAGACAGCAAGGGGGAAGACAUCACGGUUCAUGUGGCUUCCACCAACAGCGAUUUCGCAGCCAAUUUGGAUCUCGCAGCCAAAGAAAAGUCGCCCCGUGGUCCUGCUGCACAAGGACAAACACUACAAGUGGCUCUGUCCCCCGACUGAAACUGAGGUCGAGAAGCACUGGUUGCGGGAAUGUGCGGGAACCACCCUCGCCCUCAAAGGGAGCGCUGAGCGGAGCAGCCAAAACUGCUUCGGUGAAAGCUGGGCGCUCUACAGCAGCCAAGUAUUCGAGUUGCCUUCCGGACUGAAAACGCGAAAGAUCUACGCGUCGCAGAUGGUGGAGAAGGGUGGCCAGUGGAAUGUGGUGUUGGAUACCGAUGUGUUGAUGGCGUUCUACCGAGAAGUGCUGAAGGAUCCCGAGUGGCGAGAGGCGAAGUGGAUCGUCCGCGCAGAUCCGGAGUGCAUCUUCUACCCGGUGCAUUUGAAGACGAUCCUCUUUCACCAGGAGCAGGUGGGCAAUGUGGAUGCUUCGCCCACGUACUUGGUCUCUGCGGACACGGCCGUGGGUUUCCCGCGCUUCUUUCAGGUGAUGUCUCAAAGCGCUUUGCGGCAGCUCGCGACCGACAGCCGGAGUUGCUUCUGGCGCAUGCGAU